AUGGGAAAGACAAAAAAAGGUCAUUCCUCCAACUCCCCGGCGGAUGACAGGGUUGACUUGGUUCAACUUUUACCAACUAACAAUGCUCCUCCUUCAGAAGAGGAAAUAAUUUCCCUCCUUUCCGCACGUUUUAAAGCUGACCUACCUUAUACUCGUAUUAAUGCUUCCUCUCUUGUGGUGAUAAAUCCUAAUAAACCUUUGGAAUCCAUGAACGACGCUUCGGCUAAAGAAUAUGCCGAACAAUGGUACAGGAACACAAAUGGUGAAAAGAUAACUUUACAACCACAUAUUUAUGAAUUAGCUGCCAAAGUUUAUUUUCAUAUGAGAAGGUCCGCUGAGGAUCAAUGUGUAAUUUUCAGUGGAAUUGAUGGUUCAGGAAAGACUGAAACUGAAAGUCAUCUCUUAUCACAACUUUUAUUACUUUCAACUCAUACUAAAAAAGAGGCAAAGAUUGCUAAUCAAAUUCAAAACGCUCAAACUGUUCUACAAGCCUUUGGUAAUGCAAAAACAAUACAUAAUAUUAAUGCUUCACGUUUUGGAAAGUAUUUAGAAUUACAAUUUAACGAAAGAGGUAGAAUUGUUGGUGCUAAAUUUUUAACCUACUGUUUCGAUAAAGCAAGAGUAACUGAUACUCCUAUCGGUGAAAGAUCUUAUCACGUAUUUUAUUAUUUAUUGGCUGGUGCUACUCCUGAGGAGCGUUCCUUAAUGCAUCUUCAGGACCCUCAAAAUUAUCUUUAUUUAUCUAAAUCAAAAUGUUUUAAGAUUACUGGUAUGGAUGAUAAUUUACAAAUGGAUGAUUUACGUGCUUCUCUUAAAACUCUCGGUUUCAAAUCAAAAACUGUUGCUCAAAUUUGGCAAAUAUUAACUGCUAUUUUAUUAUUGGGUAAUAUCGAAUUUCUCAGUCCCGGUAAACAAAAAGAUGAGGCUGCUACAAUUAAGAAUCGUCAUGUUUUAGAAUUGGCUGCUCAGUAUUUAGGUGUACCGGCUUUCAAAUUAGAACAAACUUUAACUUUCAAAAAUAAAUUAAUUGGUAAAGAAUUAUGUACCGUCUUCUUAGAUGCCGAAGCUGCUGCUGAACAAAGAGAUUCUUUAGCUCAAGUUUUAUACUCUAUAUUAUUUACUUGGAUCGUUGAACAUAUUAAUUCAAAACUUAUUCAAUCUGAUGAACCUCCUAAUUUUAUCGGUUUAUUAGAUCAACCUGGUUAUCAAAACUUUGAGAAAAAUAGUUUUGAGCAAUUUUGUCUUAAUUUUGCUACUGAAGAAAUUGAGAAUUAUAUCCUAAAAAGACUUUUCGAUGAUACUUUUGGUACUAAUUCUGAAAUUACAAAUGAUAAUAUUUCUUUACCAAAUGUUUCCACAACAUAUAAUAAUAAUUGUGUUGAAUUAUUAAGGGGUAAUAAUUCUGAAGGAAAACCUCGUAGUUUUAUUUCAAUCUUGGAUUCUGAAAGUGCAAAAUUUCAAAAUGCUACUGAAACUGGUGGUGAUUCAACACUUCUUUCUACAUUGAAACAGGCCUUUUCUAGUCAUCAUUCUUUUGUCUCAAAUCCUCCUAGUUCCAGAUCUUCUACAAAAACUGGUGUAUUUGGAAUAAAUCAUUUUGCUGGCACAGUUGUUUACGAAGUUGAUAAAUUUAUUGAGAAAAACAUUGACAACUUGUCACCUGAUGUUAUUAGCUUAUUCAAAGAGACGAAUAAUACAUUUAUUAGAAAGUUAUUUUCAGGUCCUGCUUUAGCAAUUGAAAAUCAUCCAAAGAACGAAAAAACUGUUGUUGCCGCUCAAUUACCUACUAAACCUAUGCGCGCUCCAAGUAUGAAGAGAUCAAAAAGAAAUCAGUCCUCUGAAGUAACGAAUGAAAAAGAAUCAAAAAAGAAACAAAUGGCUCAUGUCUCAACUGUUGCUACUCAACUUUAUGGUACAUUGAAUCAAUUGAUAGAUACUUUAAAUUCUACUCGAAUGUGGAAUGUUUUCCAAAUUCGUCCGAACGAUAAUAAUGAUCCGAAUGCUUUUGAUUCUAAACGAGUAAAAUCUCAAAUUCAUAGUUUCUUGAUACCUGAAAUUACUGCUCGUAAAAAAGUAGAAUAUGCCAUGAGCUAUACUUUUGCUGAUUUCUUGGAUCGUUAUAGAUCAAUCAUCCAACCUCAUAAUCUGGAAUCUUCUCGAAAUCUUCGUCAAAAAGUUGAAGAAUUUGCUUUAAAUAGUGGAUGGUCGGAAGGUAGUUACGCUAUUGGUCAUCAAAACGUGUUCUUAUCCGAUUCUAUUUGGAAAUCUAUGGAGGAUAUUCUAAAAACUGCUGAAAAAGAUGAAAGAGCAAAGGCUAAACAAUUUAAAGAUGAUGAUAGUGUGGCAGGUGGAAUUCCUUUAGAUAGUGGUCGAAACCCACAUUUACUUAGUGCUACGAGUUCAAUGGAUCGGUUAAUACCGAGGAGUGGUUUCGCUUAUGCUGGUAGUGAAGUAGGUUAUUAUGAUGAGUCUUACGCAGAAAGUGAGGAAGAUUAUCAAUAUUCUAAGAAUAGUGGUAUGGCAGAAGAUGAAGAAGGUAGUAUGUGGGGUAGUGAAUGGGAAGGGAAAAGUGGUGAUGGGCAUUUUCCUGCUAGUGACCAAGCCAAAGAAGGGGAAAAAAAUGCAGGGAAUGAAAAAGGUGAAGAAAUCGAAGAAUUACCUGUUACCAUGACUCGUAGAUAUUGGGUUGCAUUCGUAUGGUUAAUUACUUGGUGGAUUCCUUCAUUCUUAUUAAAAUGGGUCGGAAAAAUGAAACGUCCUGACGUACAAAUGGCUUGGCGUGAAAAAUUCGCACUUUGUUUUAUAAUAUUCCUACUCUCUGCCUUCAUCGUCUUUUAUAUUGUUUUCUUUGGUGAUCUUAUUUGUCCUGGUAAAGACAAAAUAUAUAGUUCAGACGAAGUUGCUUUCCACAAAGGUGAUAAAGACUUUUGGGUCAGUGUGAGGGGUGUUGUAUAUGAUCUCAGUACAUUCCAUUUGACGAAUCAUGCUCCAAGUGGUGCACCACCUGCUGACGCACAAGCCAUGGAACCUUAUGCUGGUUUGGACGUUACUUCUUCAAUUCCAGUUCCAUUAUCUCAACCAGAAACGUGUGGUGACAUGGUUACCAAUGAUCAAGUCUCUAUUUCACAUAAAAAUCUUUCGGAUCCGACUACCGGUUUUAUGUUUAUCCACACUACAGGUUCACAAUCACCUUAUCCUACCACAAAACUUUCUGAUACAAGAUGGUAUUUUGAUUAUUUCCUUACUACCAUGCGAUUAUAUGUGAAAGCCGAUCUUGUCUGGAAUCAACAACAAUUUCAAAAUUUAAUUUCGAAUGGUCGUACAGUAGUCAUCAUUAAAGAUAAAAUUUAUGAUUUUACCGAUUAUUUUGGUACCCAGGUAGAUCAACAACAACCUUCAAAACCUGAUGCUAGCGUGACACAACCUGCCGGUUUUAUCGAUUGGCAUUGGUUAGAUUUACCGGGACAAAAUAUAAUCGAGCAAUUAAUUAAAACAAUGAAUGGAAAAGAUAUUACAACCAAUUUAUAUAGUGGUUCACUCGAUAGUACUAGAUUAAAUUCAUUGAUGAGAUGUUUAAAUUCAGUUUUUUAUAUCGGUAAAGUGGACUUUCGGUCAUCUUUUCGAUGUCAAUUCAACAACUACGUUUUGUUAGCUGCCGCUAUCGUAAUGUGUUCUGUUAUUCUCGUAAAAUUCUUGGCAGCUUUACAAUUGGGUGCGAGACGUAAACCCGAAGAUCAUGAUAAAUUUGUUAUCUGUCAAGUGCCUUGUUAUACUGAAGGAGAAGAUUCACUUAAGCGUACGAUGGACUCAUUGGCCGCUUUAACGUAUGAUGACAAAAGAAAAUUACUUUUCUUCAUUGCAGAUGGUAUGAUCGUUGGUUCUGGUAAUGAUAGACCGACGCCAAGAAUUGUUUUAGAUAUCCUUGGUGUUGAUCCUAAAAUAGAUCCAGAGCCUUUAGCAUUUAAGUCUAUUGGUGAAGCAUCUCAACAAUUGAAUUAUGGAAAAGUUUAUUCCGGUCUUUAUGAAUAUGAAGGACAUGUUGUACCUUAUAUAGUAGUCGUCAAAGUUGGAAAACCAUCUGAGAAAAGCAGACCUGGUAAUCGCGGAAAACGUGACUCCAAAAUCAUACUUAUGAGAUUCUUGAAUAGAGUUCAUUUUGAACUUGAAAUGUCACCACUUGAAUUGGAAAUUUAUCAUCAAAUGAAAAAUGUAAUAGGUGUAAAUCCAAGCUUUUAUGAAUAUGUUCUUAUGGUUGAUGCUGAUACUGAAGUUAUGCCGGAUUCAUUAAAUCGUAUGAUUUCUUGCAUGCUUCACGACGGUCGUAUAAUUGGUAUUUGUGGUGAAACAACUUUAGUUAACGAGGAAGGUUCGUGGACAACUAUGAUUCAAGUUUACGAAUAUUACAUCUCUCAUCAUCUUGCUAAAGCAUUCGAGUCACUUUUUGGAUCUGUUACUUGUUUACCUGGUUGUUUCUGCAUGUAUCGCAUUCGCACUCCUGUAAAGAAUAAUCCUUUGAUCAUAUCUAGUGCCGUCAUUGAUGAAUAUUCAGAAAAUCAUGUUGAUACUCUACACAAAAAGAAUUUAUUGUCACUUGGAGAAGAUCGUUAUCUUACCACGUUAAUGAUGAAACAUUUCCCUCAGUAUAAGAUGACUUUUACACCAGAUGCUAUGUGCAAAACUGCUGCACCUGAUCGAUGGUCUGUUUUACUCUCACAACGUCGUCGUUGGAUUAAUUCUACUAUUCAUAAUCUUAUGGAGCUUAUGUUCUUGCCGGAAAUGUGUGGUUUUUGUUGUUUCUCAAUGAGAUUUGUGGUCUUUAUCGAUCUUUUCGGUACACUUAUUCUUCCAUCCACCACAGUAUAUAUUAUCUAUCUUAUCUAUGCUGUUGCUACUAGACGUCAAGAUUUACCAAAAAUUUCACUGAUUAUGUUGUCUGCAGUUUAUGGUUUACAAGCAAUUAUUUUCAUUCUUAAAAGACAAUGGCAGCACAUUGGUUGGAUGAUAAUCUACUUAAUGGCGUUUCCUCUAUUCUCUUUCUUCAUUCCGAUUUAUGCAUUUUGGCAUUUUGAUGAUUUCAGUUGGGGUAAUACUCGUGUAGUGGUUGGUGAAAAAGGUAAAAAACAAAUCAUUACAACGGAUGAAGAAAAAUUUGAUGAAAGUAUGGUACCAAAGAAGAAAUGGGCAGAUUAUGAACAAGAAAUGUGGGAAGUUGGAACAUCUGAUUCACAUAGUUCUGGAAGAUCAAAAAAUAGUGCAACAUCAUAUAGAAGCCAUGGCAGUCAAAGAAAUUAUGAAAAUGGUAGUCAAUAUGGCGGUAGCAAUUAUGAUGGAGAUUACUAUCGCGACACCAAUUUAACAGCGCCGUCGCCUGUAGAUCGACGUGGUAGAUCAAGAUCACCUGUUCCAAGAUAUGCUCCAUCCGAUGGUCGAAAUUCAAGAUCUUUCAGCGCAGCAGGAGAACAUGAUUAUAGAAAUUCAAUCAUAUCAAUGCCGAGAAGUAAUUCAGAAAUGGAAAUUUAUCCACCACAAGGACCUACAGGCUCAUAUGCAGGCUCACAUACUUAUGAAGGGCCGACAGAUGAAGAAAUUCUAAUGGAAAUUCGAAAUAUUUUGCAAUCUGCCAAUUUAAUGAAUAUUACAAAGAAACAAGAACAACUUUCAAUAGCUUUUGGUAUAGAUAUGGCAUAUCGGAAAGAAUUUAUUAACAAUA